AUGGCGAGAAUUUUAGAAAAAUUGGAAGACCCAGAGGCAAGCGCUAGCGAUUGCUUGCAGUACCUUCAACAGCUUCAUGAUAUCGGAGCUAUUCAAGAAAUAUUUUCCGUUCUGAUUCACGGAGGAAUCAAGUCGAGGUUCAGUAAAACGAAGCGACUUGACAAUGCCUCGCCAGUUCAAGCAAUGAAUCAAGUAUUGUUGGAGUUCGUCAAAAAGUUCACGAAACCAUCAUUGCUCGCAAGGAUUUCUGCCUGGCCGACGAUUUUGCUCGGUGAGAAAAUUUACCAUCCCGUGUUUGGAGAAGAUCGCAUUAUUGAAAAACUUAAAGGGUCUAGUAUGCAAGUAAUGUCACUGGGUUCAGAUUUUACAUUUGAUGAAAGCAUUUACUCUGGAGCACAUUCUGUUGUAAACGGAAAGGGAGAAAUUGUUGCAAUCACGCAGGGUCGGGAUAUUAAAAUUUUUAAACCUUCAGGUGAAAGUCGUAUUCUGUGUGAAGCUCCAAGGAAAGAGCAUGCAUCAGAAUGCCACGUUAUCGCGAUGGGUAUCGAUGCCGAAGAUAACUUAUAUUUCAUCACUUCAUUCCUAGAAAGUGAUGAUGAAUCAUGGAAUUUUCAGUUGUUUAUCUGUGAUGAGAAUGGAAACAAAAAACAUGAGUCUCCGUUACCUUUUGAUCAAAGAAGCUCUUGUGAUCUUUUUUCUUGGUUGAAAAUUAAACCGGAAGUGUGCAUGGCAAUAAACAAGGACGGGAGGAUUGCCAUUUUAAAUUGCAAGACGGAAAGCCUGUAUAUUGGUAACGUAUGUGUGGAACUGUAUUCUCCCGACGAAUUAUAUGUCGGGGGCUAUAUAUCUCAUAUAUCGUAUCUGCCCGCCAGCUUAUUAAGGGGGACCUCCGACUGUAAAGAAACAAAAUUAAUUGCCGCAGAUGGCAAUACUGUUUAUAUGUACACAAAAGACGGGCAGGCACAACGCAAAAUUAAGAUACCCGAAUUACUGCCUCGUCCCCAGGCGCUAAUAAAAAAUUUCAUGCGAGUCACUAUAUGAAAGGUUUACAUGAAGUAGUGCAUUAUGACGAACAAGCGCAAGGAGUUAUGGGCUUGAGGCAUCAAAAUUGAGGAGCGCCUGGGAGAUCUUGUGCCGUUUCUUGCAAAAUUCGUCUGUUUCUUGCAAAUCGUGGUUUUUCGACAGUUUGGGGGCGUUUUUCGCCAUUUUUUUUGAGGAAACAACAUUUCAAAUCGUUUAAUUAAACAUGUGAUUACAGUCAGAUGAUAUUUGAUAUCUUUUAAGAGCAGAUGUCCACUAAAAUGGAGCAAAAUCGAGAAUUCGCGGACACAUUCAAAAUUUCGAUUUUGCUCAUUUUUGGUUUGCUGGUAGGCAUUAGGAAGUAAACAAACGUGAUAUGGUUUGUUUUUCAAAAACCGUUAAAAUUCCGAGAAAUCCGAGAAAAACCGUUCGACUGUCGGCGACCUCAAAAAUAUGCAAAUUUUCAGUUGAAUCAAACAGGUUCAAAAACAAGUAACGCAUGCAAAGUAGGAAAAAGAUAUGAAAACUAUACGUUUGCAAGUCGAUAGAAGAGAUGUUUGAGACUUGAUUUGGCAUAAAAUAAUAAUUUUAGCUAUUAAUUAAAACCUGACAGCUGAUAUUUAGAAUCGUAUGGUAUUCACAAAUUGCGAAAAUUACGAUGUACCGUUGCCACGCAAAAAACAUUUUAACUAAGUGCCCCAGGUUUUUUCUACACGAAACGUACGCCAUUACCUAAUUAAAUGUUCUUCUAUAAGAUAUAAAAAAAAUAGUUUGGGUUAUUGUAUUUAGAGUUCGUACGGAGGCCGUGAAUAUUGUGUAUUUUCGACAUAUAGCGUGACUGAAAUCGACAAAUGUUUUGUUCAUUCCGGACAGUUCCGGUCGCUAUUUUCUCAUAAAUAGUUGCUAUUUUCAUUGGAAACGAACAUAUGACGUUUCUCAUGGACAAAAUCGAUAUGUGAGGCUUCCUUAAUACCUGAUAGUUUACUUUUCACCACAAAAGUGUUUAGGAUUUCAAGCUACAAUAUACCAAAAACAAACCCGACAAACUGAAAUAUUCAAUGAGAAAAAGGCCAUAAAACUGAGCAGAAAGUUUCAGUUUUAACCACCUCCGUCUCUGAAUUUUAUUACAAUUUCUCCGAGCAUGUUCAGCCAAACCACAUGCAAAGUAACAAUUAAAAAAACUGAAAAUAAUUUCGAAGUCAUGCUUCUUUUACAGCUUAGUGAAAAUGUGCUAAGUUUUGUCUGUAGGUAAAAGAAAGUAAGGAAAUUUACAGAAAGUAAGGGGCCGAUUACAUGGAGGUUUUCAGCCCGGUGCCCCUAUAAAUUCAUUAUAAAAUGAAUUUUACGAUUACAUGGAAAAUAUUUCAACCUGGGCUGAAUUUCAGCUCCCGGUUUAUGUCACCCGCGUGAUGAGAUUUUCAGCCCUGUCAACCGGGAUGAAAUAUCCCAUGUAAUCGCAAAUAAUUUCAGCCCGGGCUACAAACAACAAUCGUUUAAAUGGCUUUAUUUUGCAUUUCGUCUCAUCUUUCAUACUGUAUAUGCAACCACAGUCUUACACAAGUCAAAUAGUCGACUAAUCGGCGUUUUAAAUGCUCAAACAAGCGGAAUAUUGCCUUUCGUGAUUUCGUAUGAUUCAGUUCAGCCCGGGAUGACAUUUCAGCCCGGUUUUGUUUACUACAAGGGAUAAAUAUUGCUCUGACUAAAACACAGCCCAGGUUCAAACUGCCCAUGUAAUCGUGAUGCUAUUUCGGCUCGGUUUACCGGGCUGAAAUUCAGCCUGGGCUGAAAUUCAGCCUGGGCUGAAAUUCAGCCUGGGCUGAAAACUCUCCAUGUAAUCGGUAUAAAAUAUAGCCUACAGAAAUUUCUCGGUCAUAGCACUAUCUACUUAAUCUGAAAGAAUGCUGUAACUGCUAAAACCAUGUAAAUUACUAAUUAUAGCUAUUUUUAAGGAAAUGCAUUUUCGGGUUUAAUUCCCAAUGAAAAUAGCAACUAUUUAUGAGAAAAUAGCGACCGGAACUGUCCGGAAUGAACAAAACAUUUGUCGAUUUCAGUCACGCUAUAUGUCGAAAAUACACAAUAUUCACGGCCUCCGUACGAACUCUAAAUACAAUAACCCAAACUAUUUUUUUUUAUAUGUUAUAGAAAAACAUUUAAUUAGGUAAUGGCGUACGUUUCGUGUAGAAAAAAUCUGGGGCACUUAGUUAAAAUGGUUCUUGCGUGGCAACGGUAGAUUGUAAUUUUCGCUAUGUGUGAAUACCAUACGAUUCUAAAUAUCAGCUGUCUGGUUUUAAUUAAUAGCUAAAAUCAUGAUUUUAUACUCAAUCAAGUCUCAAACAUCUCUUGCAUCGAUUUACAAACGUACAGUUUUCAUAUCUUUUCCAAUUCUGCAUGCGUUAGUUGUUUUUGAACCUGUUUGAUUCAAUUUAAAAUUUGUAUAUUUUUGAGGCCGCCGACAGUUGAAUCGUUUUUCUCGGAUUUCUCAGAAUUUUAGCAGUUUUUUGAAAAACAAACUACAUCACGUUUGUUUACUUGGUAAUGCCUUCCAGCAAAUCAAAAAUGAGCAAAAUCGAAACUUUGAGUGUGACCGGCUGAUGCUCGAUAUUAGUGGACCUUCGCUCUUAAAGCCUGUUUUCCACGCAAAUCGCAUUGUAAUAUACCGUAUAGCAUUUUCUUUCUUGUCUCGAUGGGGCGCUUUCCAUUAACACGACGAGACCAGUCAGAACGGUGACAUUGCUGAAUGGAACACAAUAUACAUUUGGACUUCAGGCCAAUCUAAUCCGAAAAUUUGUAUCAAUGUUGACGAAGAUCCAUUUUCGCCAGAUAAUCGAGAAGCAUGACCGGUCUGGCCAUUCUUCCACAGUAUUGAAACGUACGUCCCUGCUUAAGGUUCAGAAUGACAUUCUUAUCGCUAUUGAGAAUCAGAUAUGUGUAGUUUUACUGUUGUUGGACAUGUCCGCAGCGUUCGACACAGUUGACCAUGAAAUCCUACUUGAACGAAUGUCAAAACGGUUUGGAAUUAGAGACAAGGUGCUAGAAUGGUUUCAGUCCUACCUUCAAAACAGCACACAAAUUUUGAUGAUCGAUAGCGUUAAAUCUGCUACUAGAAGAGCAUACGAGGAUCUGUUUUCCACCCUAUCCCCUCUG